AUGUUGCCGUUACCUUUCCCUAAUCCUCCCACUACGUCGGGCCUUGCCGAUGCUCGCAGCAGCCUGGAGACAUUCAUACAGUCUCAGGAGGCCCUUACUACCGAAAUAUCUGACGCGGAAGCGAAUCUCGCCAAAGUAAUUCAAGAGGCUCAACGUCGCAUCGACGCCCUACGGCGCGAAAAGACUCUGCUCGACGAACAGAUUCUCGCUACCCAGGCAUAUAUCUCACCGAUGAGACGGCUGCCGAUGGAACUUUUACGGGACGUUUUCCAUUGGUGCUUCGAGGGCCACCCUUGCUGUGCGUGGGUUCUGGCUUCAGUCUGUGUGAACUGGAGGCGAUUGGCUUUGGCAAUGCCCCGGAUAUGGGCCAAAAUACGCCUUGUCACAACCCCUGCCUCUUCUCCAGAAACCAUUCGACUAUGGCUUGAACGAUCAGGCUCGUCAGUGCCGUUGGACAUCGAAAUAUAUCUCCAUGUUGCAAAAGGCACCACCGAUGUCCCAAUUAGUAGCCGUCGGCGUCGACGGUCCUCCUCACCUCCAAGCUCGUUCCUAUACCCAGUAUCAUUUCCGUCUACAGGACCUUCAUACAUGAUAUCUCCUACAGGAGUGCUCCCGCCUGCAAACACUCCCAUUAUCAUACCCAUGUCUGCGUCAUCGCACCACAGUCAUGAUGUUUGGGUGCCCUCCUCUCCACCGGCAUAUCCCAGUGAUCGUCCACGCGGCGAUAAGUCAGCCUGGGGUCGCGGCACACCCUGGGGUUUUGUCGCGGUCUACUACCUCGUCGAACAGAUGCAUCGUUGGGAGCGGUUCGUGUUUCGAUUCGACCGCCAAUUUCCCUCUAUGCUCGCUCUCAAAUCAAUUACAGGUGAUGCCCCCUUGCUGAAGCACUUCGAAGUGUCAGCUGCAGAGUCUCUGUACUAUCCUGAUCACUGGGCGUGGCUUCCUAAUACGCCGUCCACAAAGCAAAUCGUGCCGGUCUUAGACACCGUUACUUUACAAUACAUCCCUUUCAAGUGGUCUUCGCCUCUUUUUCAAAGUAAUCUCCGAAACCUCAAUCUCCGCGCGCUACCUGCCUCACAGCACCCUCUGAACCAAAUUCUCCAUAUCCUUCAUGCAAAUCAGCAUUCCCUCGAGCGCGUUUCCCUUCACUUCCAAACAGUGCUGCCUCCCAUCCUACCCCUCUCUCAGUUGACGCUCCCCCAUCUGAAGGAGUUCAAUCUAGGGGGCCACUAUAUGUUAACGAACCUUGUCGAGUCUCUCGUCCUACCGGAACUUGAGGAGCUGAACCUGGACAUUGAAGCACGGGACUCCAUCGAGGAGUAUAUACAAACCCUUCUUGCGAAGACUCCGUCGACUGCAAUGAGUCUUAAGCAUCUCGGAAUCGCGUACGUCUCCGCGUCGUCACCGCCAUUCUAUUAUGGGUCGGGAGGUGUCGUGGUGUCGUGGUUAUUCCUGAACGACCUACCCCAUCUUGAAAGCCUUCGCGUCGGUGGUUCGCACUUGGAUGUGCUCAUGGCUGGGCUUGGCAUGCCAGACGAGGAGAUGAUGACUGGCGCGAUGGCAAUCGGAGUAAUGGGGAGCACCGUUAUUGCUAACGCAUGGCUAUGUCCUAAGCUGAAGGAGCUGGGAUUGAGGAGCUGUCAUGGGCAUGAGGGCUGGGCAAAGCUUGUUCAGGCGGUGGAAGGCAGAAAUCCUGACGGCGGUGCCACAGGGACCAUUAUAAAUGGUUUGUCGCCUGUUAGGCUGAAGCGACUUGAGUUAUACGAAAGCCAGGGUAUUGGAGGGGAUGUUAUACAGUGGUUGGAGAAGAGAGUCGAUGAAGUUGUUUGGACAGAGAACGAAAGAUCAUCGCCUUCUAUGUCUCCAUUUGCCUAG